CCCUUCGUCUUUUCACUAAGUCCAGUUCCUCCUGUGGGCUGCUCCCUCCUCCGUGGCGAUGGCAUCGCAGCUGGAAAGCGCCAUGGAAGGCCUCAUCACCGUCUUCCACAAGUACUCGGGCAAGGAGGGCGACAAGUACAAGCUGAGCAAGAAGGAGCUGAAGGAGCUACUGCAGAACGAGCUGAGCCUGUUCCUGGAGAACCAGAAGGACACGGGCGUCGUGGAAAGCAUCAUGCACGACUUGGACGAGAACGGCGACGGGGAGGUGGACUUCCCGGAGUUUGUGACCCUGGUGGCAGGCCUGACCGUGGCUUGCAACGAAUUUUUCUGCGAGGACACAUGAAGCGUCGGAAGAAGGCUGCCGGCAGGCCCGACCCGGGAGCCGCUGCGUCACAGAGCCCCAGUCGUACCCUGCCAUCU